AACAUCAUUGCUUGUUUAAGCAGUUCUUGUCUAGGGUUGCUGAGAGCGAGUGGAAAGAGGCUUCGUGAGUUCAUUAUCGGGUAAAAGCCAAUUGCUUGAGUGAAACGCGACUGGUAAGAGAAAGAGUGGCCUGCAGACGAGUGAAACACGUGAGGGAGUGACUUGUGGGGUCCUUUUUUGUAAAAGCCAAUUGCUUGAGUGAAACACGAGUGGUAAGAGAAAGAGUGACCCGCAUACGAGUGAAACACAUGAGGGAGUGACUUGUGAGGUCCUUUUUCGUACCAUUAAUCUGAAACUUAAAGUAUUGGUAGAUAAUUUCUUGUUUUGAGUUUCUGAAUUAAAUGACAUGAGAAGGAGAAAUUCGCAACGAUCGGGAAGUUUAGAACUUGGAGAGCAUUCCAAAAGCUACCAUGGAUGCUCCAGUAGGACUCUUACCCGACUGAUGCAAGACCAACAGGAUCAACUCAAUGCUCGCCUCGACGAAAUGGCUCAAGCUAUCAACCUCCACCACGACGAGGAGGAGGAAGAACUUCCACCGCCCCCACCACCACCGGGUGGAAGGCGAGGCCGACCUCUGGGUCCCAACAAUCUCCAACCUUUACGAGGCAGAUGAGGUAGAGGUCGAGGAGAGAGACCACCAGUUCAAGCUCGUAGAGCUCCUGACCCUCGUGACUAUGAGGAUUACUAUGAGGAGGAAGAGUAUCCCCAUCAUAGGGAUGAUGAUAUGAGGGGGCUGAAGGUGAAGGUGCCAUCAUUUUAGGGGAGAAGUGAUCCUGAAGCUUACCUCGAUUGGGAGAUAAAGAUGGAGUACUUAU